GCGCGGUCCGCGCCACCUUGUGGAUCUUGGAGUUCUAUUCCCACCCUUCCUCUCAUCGCGAAUUUCCUUCAGCUUCACUAUGUGGAAUCAACGGCACGGCCGUCUCAGGCCGGUGGGCUGCGGGAUGGAGGAGCUAAGGCGCCGCCGGCGGGAGCGGGAGGCAGCACUGCGGAAGGCGCGGAGGGAGCAGCAGCUUGUUAGCAAGAGGCUGCUGAGAGACGACGCCCCAGAGGAAGCCGACGGGGUUUGUGUGGCCCUGAUCCUCGGGGAAGACGAGAUCCAGCAGUUCCUGCGGUUAGCCCAGCGGGGGACAGAGGAAAAGGAGAAAGAGAGGGCUCUGGCCACCCUUCGUCGAGGCUUACAGCACCCAGAGACGCAGCAGACCUUCAUCAGGCUGGAGGGCAGCAUGCGGACUCUGGUCGGACUUCUGACCAGCAACCAGGCCCUGCUGCAGCUUGAGGCGGCUCGGUGCCUUCAUGAGCUCUCCCAUUCUGAGCAGCCUGCGGUGGCUGAGGCCUGCCUGCCAGCCACUUCCUACCUUCUUACCUACGUCUCUGGUCACAGCUCAGACUUAAUAGAGCUCUGUCUAUAUACACUGGGUAACCUGAUCGUGGAGAGUGAGGCUGUGAGAAGGCAGCUCCUGCCACAGGGCAUUGUUCCAGCCUUGGCUGCCUGCAUCCAGUCCCCCCAUCUCACUGUGCUGGAAGCCCUUGGAUAUGCCUUGUCCCAACUCCUGCAGGCUAAGGAAGCUCCAGAGAAGUUCAUCCCCUCUGUCCUGGGCUCCACUCUCCCCCAGCAAAUGCUGCGACUGUUGCAACCUGGCCCAAAGCUGAACCCUGGGGUUGCUGUCGAGUUUGCCUGGUGCCUUCAUUACAUCAUCUGCAGCCAGGUCAACAAUGCCCUGCUCAUCACCCAUGGGGCUCUGUCCACUCUGGGGCUGCUGCUCUUGGACUUGGCUGGGGCUAUCCAGAGAUCCGAGGAUGCAGGAUUGGAGCUGCUGGUGUGCCCUGUGCUCCGGUGUCUGAGCAACUUGCUAACAGAGGCAGCAGUGGAGGCUGUGGGAGGGCAAAUGCAGCUCAGAGAUGAGCGUGUUGUGGCAGCCUUAUUUAUCCUUCUGCAGUUCUUACUCCAGAAACAGCCCAGCCUGCUUCCUGAGGGCCUCUGGCUCCUUAACAACCUCACCGCCAACAGCCCUAGCUUCUGUACCUCCUUGCUCUCCCUGAAUCUGAUUGAGCCCCUCUUGCAAUUGUUGCCAGGAUCUAAUGUGGUGAGCGUAUUGGUGCUCACAGUUCUGUGCAACGUUGCAGAGAAGGGUCCUGCUUAUUGCCAGCAUCUGUGGCCAGGUCCCUUGCUCCCCUCCUUGCUGGACACACUGGCCUUCUCUGACACUGAAGUAGUAGGCCAGAGUUUGGAGCUGCUGCAACUGCUGUUUCUUUAUCGGCCAGAGGCUGUCCAGGCCUUCCUGCAGCAAUCAGGCUUGCAAGCACUGGAAAGGCAUGAGGAGGAGGCACAGCUCCAGGAUCGAGUGCAUGUUCUCCAGCAGACAGCUCUUCGUGGGUGACUUGGCUCCUCCAUGUCACUUAUUCCACCCCCACCAGCCCCUUUUGGGGGGUUAGGACCAUAAUGAGGCAUCAUGUUCUCUGCCCCCACAUCUAAGCCUAAACCAAGACCUUUGGACCCCAGCUUUUCCUCUUCAUCCAGCACUGUCUAGGCAGAAGGACCAGAGGGAAAUCAGUAUGGCUCACUUAUGCUGGGGCCCUGGAAUCUCUCUCUUUUUUUUUUUUCUUCCAGCAGCUGGUGG